UCUCGUUUGAAUGGUUCUCAAACUGCCGUGGCUCACCUUCUCAGAUUUCCCUGUGCCUGCCCCAGAACCGUAUUCUGAGCAUCUUCAAAUUCAAAGCAUCUUCUUACGGAGGACUGAAUACGAUUUGGUGACCAUUAUUUCCCAUCGCAAUUUUCUGCACAAGCUACAAAUUAGAUAUUCUAAAACAGAAAGAUAGCGACAAACAUGACGGCACAGGUCGACCGUGAAGCUGUGUUAGAGGCCACCAAAGCUUUGGCGGUUAUUUUUAUUUCAGGAAUUCUUGCAUCCAAUAUUUUUUUGCUGUUCAAGUUUCUCCGUAAAGGACGGUUACUCGAAAGUCAACGUAAAUUCCUAGUUAUGACCCUCGCUGUGGGUGACAUUUUCCUGGCUUUGUUUUCUUUGGUUAUCUUAGCUCGUCGUGCUUAGGAAAACGUAUUCUAUAUCUCGUGUAAUACAAAUGUAGUUUCUCCAAUGUAUUCAGUUUGUUUCCUCCCGUUUGUGUAUGGGGUUGGUAUAAUUGUCCUCUGUGGGGAACUCGGUUUCCGGAAAAAACUUCGCUCUUUGAUUUCCAGUCCUUACGUGUCGUCCAUACUGGUGGCCGCGGUACCUUGGAUUGCUGGACUCAUCCUGAUAUUGCCCUUAUAUUUGGCUGGCUUUGAUUAUGUGAGCUGUUCGUAUGGUGAUUCCAUGACAGGUGACCGGCAAAGGGCUUUUUAUGUCGUUGGCAUCGUCCUUCCUUCAGCCCUGGCUGUGAUCUUCGCUCUCAUGACCAGCUGUUGGAAAGGUGAUGCAAUAUCUGAGUAUUGCGAUUCUCCUCAAUCUCAAGGUGUCGUGUUUAGUCAGGCAGUGACAACACAUAACGCUCAAGGAUUCCCACAACAGCAGUACUAUCCAGGACCUCCACAACAGCAGUACUAUCCAGGACCUCCACAACAACAGUACUAUCCAGGACCCUCACAACAGCAGUACUAUCCCCGACCCUCACAACAGCAAAACUAUCCUGUGCCACCACCAGCUACAGCACAACAGCCAUACUACCCUGCCUCUCAGCCACCGGCUUACGUAAGUGGUCCACAAGGCCCUGGUCUCAAACAACCCGCCUACCCUCCACAACCGAUGCCCCCUACACAAGCUGUGAUCCAAACACCUGUGAGCUCAACACAACCACCCUCAAAUCAACAACUGUUGGCCGCAGUCAGGAAUGAGCAAAGUACCCUGGUCCUAGUUGCUGUUCUAUACGCUGUUUUGUCAUUGCCGUUUGCCCUCUUCAUACUUGGCUACAAUCUGAACAAGGACCAUGUUUUUCUAGAUCCAAUUCCUCAAACAAUGUUGUCAAACUUAUUUCAGUGGAUGCUUUAUCUCCGCUCCAUCGUGACUCCUAUUGUUUGGAUAAUCAAGGAGAAAACUUUUGUUUGAAAA